GGAGAAAAGUACUUGCUGGCAUUGGAUCAGGCAAAAGCUUUUGAUCGAGUGAAUCAUGAAUAUCUGUGGUUGCUACUUGGUAGAUACAGCCUGCAGGGGAGGUUUAUAGAUUGGCUGAAGACAUUAUAUAAAGGGGCUGAGAGCUUCACACUUGUUAAUGGUUGGGUUGUAUGGCCUUUUGAGGUUGGCUCUGGUGUGCGCCAGGGAUGUCCUUCGAGCCCCCAGCUAUAUGCUUUCACAAUCGACCCCUUUGUAAGAAGGCUAGAAGGUGCAUCAUUGCACGGGGUGCCUCUGGGCAUUGCUGGUGCGCCUUUGAAGGUUGUGGCCUAUGCUGAUGAUGUGUCUUUUAUUAUCUCUAGGACUGAGGAGGCGCAGGAGGUGGUCUCUGUGAUAGAGCAGUACACGGAGGCUUCUGGCUCUAAAGUCAACCAUGAAAAGAGUAAAGUUUUCUGGAUGGGUGAGGAGGGUGAAAGCUUCGAACUUCCGGAUGCCUUCCCGGAGCCCCAGCAGGAAAUUAAAAUUUUGGGCAUCAAAUUUGGCCCUGGUGACUAUGGUCACCGAAAUUGGGAAAGCAGGUUGGUAGAUGCCAAUGCUAAAGUGGAGAGCUGGAAGAGGUGGAGGCUCUCCUUGAGGGAGAGGGUUGACUUAAUCAAAACUUACCUGAUCCCGAUCUUUUUAUAUGUUAGCUUCAUCUGUAUCUUGCCGGUAUCUCUCUAUGCAAGGGUCUACAGCUGUUUUUUCCAACUGUUAUGGGGAAAUAGGCUGGACCUGAUCAAACGCAAUGUAACUUACCUGUCCAGGCGGGUGGGAACUAGGAAUGGUUUUUCUUUUCUUUGCUAUUUUUAA